AUGCAAAGCACAGCUAGAUCGUCAUCAGCUCUCGUCCUCGUACUCGCCGUGGCGGCGAUGGCGGCGGCGGCGGCGGCGGCACAGCAGCUGGUGCCGUGCAUGUACAUCUUCGGCGACUCGCUGGUGGACAACGGCAACAACAACAACCUGCUCAGCCUGGCCCGGGCCAACUACAGGCCGUACGGGGUCGACUUCUCCGGCGGGCCGCCGGGGCGCUUCACCAACGGCCUCACCGUCGUCGACAUGCUGGCCGACAUGCUCGGCUUCCGCCCGCCGCUCAUCCCGGCGUACGCCGCCGCGCAGCCGAGCGACUUAGCCAGGGGGCUCAACUUCGCCUCCGGGGCCGCCGGGAUCAGGUCGGAGACGGGCAACAACCUGGGGCGGCACUACCCGCUGUCGGAGCAGGUGGAGCACUUCAAGGCGGCGGUGCGGCAGAUGGGGCCGAACGCGAGCUCACCGGAGCGCCUCGGCCGGUGCAUCUUCUACGUGGGCAUGGGCAGCAACGACUACCUCAACAACUACUUCAUGCCCAACUACUACACCACCGCGCAGUCCUACGACCCGGACGCCUACGCCGCCGACCUCCUGCAGGAGUACUCUCGCCAGCUCGCCGCGCUCCACGCCCUCGGCGCCCGCAAGUUCGCCGUCGCCGGCGUCGGCGAGAUCGGCUGCAUCCCCUACGAGCUCGCCAGGAUCAACACCCAGCAAGGCGGCGGCGGCGGCAGUGGCACUGCCCCGCCUGCUACAGCUGGCACCGGCGUCAGCAUUUCCCUCGGCGGCGUCGGCCUAACGAUCGGCGGCGGCGGGGGAGCACCGGCGAACGCGAGCAUGAGCAGUAGCCGCACCGGCGGCGUGUGCAACGACGAGAUCAACAGCGCGAUCGCGAUCUACAACAGGGGGCUGCUGGCGAUGGUGAAGCGGUUCAACCGGGGGCAGAAGCUUCCCGGGUCGACGUUCGUCUUCCUCGACACCGUCAGGGCGGGGAGGGCGCUGGUGGCCGGCGCGGCGGCGCACGGGUUCACGGUUCUGGACCGCGGGUGCUGCGGCGUGGGGCGGAACAACGGGCAGAUCACGUGCCUGCCGAUGCAGCAGCCGUGCGACGACCGGAGCAAGUACGUCUUCUGGGACGCCUUCCACCCGACGGAGGCGGCCAACCGGAUCUACGCCGCCAUGGCCUUCAACUCCACCUCCGCCGCCGACGCCUACCCCAUCAACAUCCGCCAGCUCGCCGCCAUUUGAAAAUCCAAUCCCAAUUUAAGUUUAAAAAAAACUCAAAAAUCUGUCACAUGAGAGAUAGCAGCUAUAUCCGAUGAAUCCCAAUAACGCAUUUCCUAGCGAAAUUCCACUCGCAAGAUCACCGAGCGUAUGUGUCGGAAAUAAUAAUAAUCUUGUAUGCCUCCGUACCAUAUUAUAUGAUUUCCUGUAUUUAGGGGUCGUUUAGUUGGCAAAUAUUUUUACU